AUGGCUGACGACAUCUCUACCCUUGCUGGGAAAAUGCGCCAUCUUACACUGGAGAAGGAUCUCAUCGUCAAUGUUAACAUGAAGAAAUUCCCCCAUGGUCCUAUCACACGACGCGGUAAGGAAAGGUCGAUUCGUAUCUUCUCUGAAAGUCGCGAGGUUGGCACUGCCUUUCGACAGGGCUUGGUAUAUGACCUGGAUGACAAAAAAAACCUGCCCCUUUUAAAUGAUGAGAUAUGUGAAUAUAUUUCUCACCGUUCGAAGUCGAAGUUAAUCGGGUAUGUGGGCUCUGAUCUCUCUGUUGGAAGCGAAACAUUUCAUCCAGUCACCAGCGAGGAGCUUCAUUGUCUCCACGGUCUGCUCAAGUUUAUUGCUAAAUGGGAAGCAGACAAUGAAGUUAAUUACGCUUCGCGUUCGAAAUUCACAAUAGUUUCUCCGCGGCAUCAUAUACUUGAUAUACUUAUGAUCCCCUUUGGUAACGAGAGGUGUCGGCUUGUAUUCACCGCACAUCGUGGGCUAUUUGUCAUUACUCUGGCCCCGUCCCAGAGACCUACAGGUAUAAAUUCCCCAUCAAGUGCCACCAGAAAGAUAUGCUAUACUGGUUUUGAGCUUGAGCGACUGUUAACUGCAACCAGCGGGACCGAACGGGGUAGCUUUUACUCAUUUAUUGAGGCUAAAUUGGAACCAGACAUCACAAUUCUGCUUCAGUGCGAAAUGGACGCAUACAAUCCAAAACGCCAGAAGUAUACUGAAAUAAAAUCCUCUGUGGACUUCAAUGUACGAAAUGUCCGGCACCUGAGCAAACUGCUUAAAAUAUGGGCACAAACAGCGCUGCUCCCAUCCACUGAUAUUCUAGUAGGGUUCAGAGACCCAUCAACCCAUGUGCUGAAAACAGUCGUCCCUUAUAGCGUAGAUCAGAUCGCAGAAAAACUCUAUAUAAGGGAUCGUACGCGCAGUCAUCCAUCUUACUUUAACUUUAAUCCUGAAGUUGCCAAAGACUGGACACAUUACGCCAUACGUGAAAUCUGCGAAAGGUUAUCUUCCCUGGUAGACGCAACCUCAUCGUCGCCUCAAUCAUUUCUGGUAGAGAUAGACAAGAACUUACAAAUGAAAAUAAGGCCUACAGUAGUGGAUUAUUCGGAGCUUUUGGGCCAAUGGGCAUAG